UUAUAGUGUGUGCGCUAAUAGUAAGCAAAGUUAUUGUACGCAAACAGUAUUAGAACCGCUGAAAAAUAAGAAUAACAAUUGGAAAUAUAUUCAAUACAAGUCUAUUGCAGAAGCAAUAAGAAUUAAGUGUUUACAAAAUUGACUACAUAUGCCGCAGUCGUUAAAUAAAUAGUACUAGUUGACGCCUCGUCGCUGCAGCGAAACACAGCUUGGAAAAGGCCAGAAAACGGCCAGCAAUGACUCUCUAAUCAAAAUCAAAUCAAUUGUCAAAGCAGAACAUCAAAAAUGAAACCGAAAAGCUGGCGACACAAGCGUAAAUAACUAAGUAAGAACAAACGUUAGUUAACGGCAAAUAAGGAUACUAAAACGAAAGAAGCCUACAAGAAGUUAGGCUAAGGGAAGAUGCUUGGACGCACGCAAAAACUGCUGCUGGGACUGGCCAUCCUGUUGCUGGUCAAUGUCCUCUGGGUAUCAUCCAGCGAGCUAAGCAAGAUUCUCUACGAGGACGAUACAUAUAAUAAGCCAUUUUUUAACACAUACUUCAAGACAUCGAUGUUUAGCUUCUAUUUGUUGAUCAUUGGCAUUAUAGCGCCCUGGAAGGAGUCCUGCGAGCGUCAACAUGGCAAUUACGCGAUGAUGGAACAGAAUGCCGACGAGGAAAACUAUUAUAGCAAUCAAGCGUCUUUGGGUGAUUCGACCUUUGUGCCCAUACGUGUGGCUAAUCCUAUAAAUGGCAUGGUAUCCGGCACGGAGAGCGAUGAUUCCAGUGUGCGUAGCGUUCGCUUUUGUAAGAUGGCCGAGGUGCGUGAGAUGUCGGCGCAUGAGGCAACGGAUGCUUUAAUGGCUCGACUGUCGUACGCCGCGAGCAUGAGGAUUAAAAGACAGAAAACGCAUCACAAGACAGCAAAGACGGCGUUGCUCUUCUGCUUACUCUGGUUCGCUGCGAAUUACUUUUCCCAGCUCGCUUUGAAUAUGGAUGAAGAGCCCAUGAUAACGCUCAUCAGAUCCACUUCAGCCACAUUGUUUACCAUAUUGUUAGCUGCCCUAUUUCCGUCUGCCAUGGGCGACAAGCUGACCAUAACGAAGCUAAUUGCUGCAAUGAUGAGCAUUGCCGGCGUCGUGGUCAUCAGCAUGAAUGAUUUGCACGACUCGAAGAUGACGCGCGGCGUUCUCUUGGCUCUAUUUAGUGCAUUCUUCUAUGCAUCGUAUUUGGUGUUUGUCAAGCGAAAAAGUGACACCGAGGAAAAGGUGGACAUCCCUUUGUUCUUUGGCUUUGUUGGUCUCUGGAAUCUGUUGCUGCUAUGGCCCAUUUUCUUUAUAUUGCAUUUCACCAAGAUCGAAACAUUUGAGAUGCCAAGCCAGGGACAGUUUGGCAUACUCUUCUUAAAUGGCUUCAUUUGCACAGUGCUCGCUGUGGCUCUCUGGCUAUGGGGCUGUUUCCUCACCUCCUCGCUAAUUGGCACGCUGACCAUGUCGCUGCAAAUACCUUUGACAAUUGCAUUUGAUGUUCUGCUCAAGCAAAAGUCGUACACUUCAUUAUAUUGGAUGGGCUCGAUGAGCCUAAUAAUGUCAGUGCUGCUUGUGGUUUUGCUAAUGCGCAACGAUGAUUCAGAUCCGCUAAUGAAACUUUUCAAAGUUUUAUAUAGAAAGAUCUGUGGUUGCCGCAAUCCAAACAUUGUGAGAGUUACCGACGAUGAGCAACAGGAAUCUCUUAUCAAUAGCAGCGAUUAAAGUCUGACUACUGAUUUUCUGGAAAGGCUUUUGGAAAACGCGCUUUCUCAACAAUUUUAAAAAUUGCUCACUGCAAUCGCAAUGCAAAUCCAAAACUUGGCUGUUCACGACUUCGUUUCGAAUCGUUCUUUAAUCCAUAGCGACAAAUAUAUAUACACAUUCAUACUAUAUAUAUUUAUAUAUAUACAUAUAUGUAUGUACGUAGCUGUAGUUAAUACUUCGCACAACUCUCAUAUAUAUACAUUAACUAUAGCAAACGUUUCCUGAUUGGUUUUUAAGUUGAAACCCUGGUUUUCCUGAUUUGCAAUUUUACCUACAAUUAAGCUAAUAUAUGUGUACAUCUUAUAUUUAUUAUAAAUGUUAUUAUUUUUGUGUAAAUAGCUUUAGUCUUAGUGUUUAUCUCUCUAUAUGUGAUAGGUCUUUCGAUAUGCUGAAGCUCGGUUAUAAUUUAUGCUAUAUUUAAUGUUUUUGCUAUAGUGCUCGACUAUAUAAUUGAUAUUUAUACACACAUAUAUAUAUAUAUAUACUUGUACACAUACCCUCCAUACUCAAUUCUAACAUUUCUAAUGUUUUGUGUCUGAUAUACUCUGUAUUUCAUGCAUAGAACACUUUAUGUAUUAAUGAUAUAUACUGCAAAAUGUGUUAAUAAUAUAGUAUAAAUACCUACACAUAUAAUAUAUGUUUAAAAUAAUGUAAAGCUGCCUAACUUUGCAGUUGAGUCCCAUUUGUGUGCUUAAUUUAGCAUAAACAUAUACAUUUAUGCAUAGUUGUCUAUUGUUAACAAUAAACAAACAAAAAAUACAGUAA